CGGCCCCACAGCUCAGGCUUGUGGCUCUCCAGGAUGAACUCUUUCUUCCUGUAGAUCUCCAGUUUCAGUAGUUUCAACCGCCAAGCACGUUUGGUUUUGAGUCACUGUCACUGUGUCAAGGUUUUGAAGAAUCUCCUAUAACUAUUACUUAUAAGCCCUAAUCGAAAGUUUGUCUCAGCUGGAUGAUCUAGGAAUGCAUCGAGGUCGUCCGAAACAACACCCGAGUGGGGACUACGGUUCCGCUCUAUGUCUUCAAGCGUUGACUAUUCUCAUCUUGGCGGCCGCGUGUGCAAAGAGCUCAUUCGUCGAUCUUCCUGGUGUUGUACCGAUCGCAGACAGAUGUUGGCCCUAUGCUUCGGACAGUGAGCGCGAACAGUUGUUCACCAGACAAAUCGUCAAUCAGAAGACGUUCUUUCGUACGACAGAAUCGUUCUGGUGUGCCAGCACCAAUGGCUUGACUGGUACUGUGCUCAGUUUGGAGAGUCUGAGUGAUUACAAUCUCGUUGAUCAGCCAAGUAAUGCUCAGCUGGUGCGCGUUCGUUGGAAUAAUGGUAUUGUGGCCGUUCACCGAAUGGGAAUCGGCUCCAAGUAUGACCUAGACACUCCUAGUUUUAGCUCGGAUGUGCUGGCCACAUUCACAACUGCGGAGCUGCAAGCGGCCCUCCGGCCGUCAACGGUUGUUAUGCCAACAAAAUACAAAUCUCCGUUGACGGACUGGCUGGAGAUCUGCAAUUCUGGGCUGACUGCUCGCUCUCUCCCAACGGGAACCUUUCACUCGUACAAUUCCACACGUGGCAUAGUCGUUGUCGAAUGGACAUCACUUUCACCCAGGAAUACUUCACUAGGGUUCCAUCGCUAUGGAAAUGGAGACUUUGAUCUGUGCUUCAGCGGUUGCACCAACUUUGGCCAGUAUGCAUUGACUGACAUUCGCACCCUAUUCCGGUCUUGCUCAAUCCUAGCACCCAGCCCGGACCUACUGAAGUCUGUUCCGAAUAGUGAGAUGACUAUUGGGAACCGGUCCGUUGUCGUUGGGCCUCACUUUGUCGGCAUACGUGUCCUCAACUCCACGAGCCAGUCCGACUUCAGCUACGUUCGUGCCAACACCACGUUCGCGCAUAUCGCAUUCAUCGACGUCCCGUCGACUGGUAUCUGCAUCUAUGACAAUGCGGCAUGUCCCACGUGGACAGACAUGCGCCUUGCUGACUUACUGGCACUCGUGCCAAAUGGUUCAGUGAUCUCCAGCCCCGUGGCGGGCAAGUGGAGAGGCACGGUGAUCUGGCCUCCCGGCGGAGUUAUAACUCAAGACCCAAGCGGCCUGAGCGAUGCAUAUCUAGCGGGCGUUAUGGGUGACCAGAUGAGAUUUGACUACUGCUUAUUAAAUUCUACACAGACCAUGUGCCCAAAGAGACCAGCGCAAGGGAAUACGGGACCAGGUUCCGCCGCCGCACCGCCUACACCAGCUCCUCCUCAAUGCACACUGGAUCUUGUCAGGCUCUUCUACUUAGUGCUCGUGCCUAUAUCGGCAGUGUGCAUCAUUUAUUUAUCACUCCGCAAGCCAGGAAAGCCAUUCCGCUUGCAGCUGAAGCUUUCAUCUGUGGUGCCGGCCAACUUGCUGGAUUUCCACUCCGACCGUUUGUUGAUUGCCGUGGCUUAUGUUGCCACGGUGCAGAUUGUGUUCCUGAUGUUCACUGGUCACUUGCAUCUUCACAUCACCACUGCUAACUCUGUUAUCCAAGAAAAAUGGCUUAGUGUUGUUGUGACAGUACUGUUGACGAUGGUCAUUGGCUUCAGCUUCUAUAGUGUGUUUGCUGGAAUGACUACUCAACAUCAGCCGGAGGGUGCCAUCAUGGGCUUGGUUGUCUCCGUCUUAUUCAUCGUCUUCUACAUUUUACGGAUCUCCUCCUGCGUUGUAUCCUCACGGGUAGGUAUCUCAACCAACUGCACUUGCCACAGCCAUGCUGCAAGCUUUAGAGGUUCUUUAGCGCUGAUGUAA